AGAUGCUCCCCUAUCACCUUUUAUGCCCACUAGCUUUUAUAUUCUAUGAUAUUCACACUGAAAAUUCUCUGUCAGUGGAAAAGAAAGAGAGGCAAAGUGAAAGCACGAAAUUCAGAGAUUCUGGUGUGGAACGGAUUGAACAAGCGGAAAAUUAGGGUUUUUUGGGGGUUGACGAUGGUGGACUUGGGCAGAGUGCAGAAGGAGCUUCAGGAAUGCAACAAGAACAUGGACGUUUCCGGCAUUAACGUGAAGCCUAAAGGCGACAGCCUCACGCAUUUGAUCGGAACUAUUCCUGGGCCCGUGGGCACGCCCUACGAAGGGGGCAUCUUCCAAAUCGACAUCGUUUUGCCUGAUGGGUACCCUUUUGAGCCUCCAAGAAUGCAAUUUGCCACGAAAGUUUGGCACCCUAAUAUCAGCAGUCAAAGUGGAGCAAUUUGCCUGGACAUUCUGAAGGACCAGUGGAGCCCUGCACUUACUCUGAAGACAGCACUCCUUUCUGUACAAGCCUUGCUCUCUGCCCCUCAACCUGAUGAUCCUCAAGACGCUGUGGUGGCUCAACAGUAUCUUAAAGACUAUCAGACCUAUGUUGGCACAGCUCGAUAUUGGACAGAAAAUUUUGCAUCUUCUCGUGGACUUGAGGAAAAGGUACAAAAACUUGUGGAGAUGGGCUUCCCUGAAGCUUCAGUAAGGAGUACCCUGGCAGCUUUUGGUGGUGAUGAAAACUUGGCUCUUGAAAAGCUCUGCUGUGGCUAGGGCAUCAGCACCUAUGCUAUUGUCUCACUCAAAGCUUAUGUGCCACCAUGAGCGGUUAAAAAUUACAGAAGGAUACAAACGGUUUAUAAUAUAAGCUUUAUUUAUCUGUUAUUAUCCAUUAAAACCUUCUGUUUAGUUGUUUUUUCCCCUUGCAGAUGUUACCUACUCACCCCUUGUGGGCAUAGCUAAAUUAUCAUCUGAUUUUACUGCAUCCAUGUCACUGUAACCUGAUUGACUACCAACUUCUGCUAUGAAAAUAGAGCUAGUGGAACUAAUUGUGAAUGGGAAGUUGAAAAUUUUCAACUCACAUAUCCAGUAU